GAAGGGGGCUGUGGCUCUUUCUUGCUGUGGUUCUAGAACGCGGUGCUCGGCCCCCUUCUGCUUCCGCGCCGGCCAUGGAGCGCCUAACGUUUCCUCCCGGCGGCGCGGCGGCUGUGGACGAGUACCUGGAGUACCGGAGAAUUGUCGGUGAUGAUGAUGGAGGGAAACUUUUUACUCCUGAAGAAUAUGAAGAAUACAAAAGCAAAGUUUUACCCAUGCGCUUACAGAACAGGUUAUUCGUGAGCUGGAGGUCACCAAGCGGCAUGGAUUGUAAGCUUGUUGGCCCAGAAACACUGUGUUUUUGUACACACAGAUAUAAGCAACAUAAAACUGACUUUGAAACACUUCCCCAGCAGCGCCCCAUUGAACUGCCCUGCCAGGUGACCGGCUGCCGGUGCAGGGCCUACCACUACGUCCCUUUAAACGGUACCCAGCCCGUUCGCUGCAGGUGCAAACACUUUGCCGAUCAGCACAGUGCCGCUCCUGGCUUUACCUGCAAUGCAUGCUCCAAGUGUUCAGGCUUUCACAGCUGCUUUACUUGUGCUUGUGGCCAGCCCGCAUAUGCCCAUGACACUGUGGUGGAGACUAAGCAAGAGAGGCUGGCUCAGGGAAAGCCCGUGGGACGAGACGUCCCUUACGCAGCCAUGGGAGGACUGACUGGCUUCAGCUCACUGGCUGAAGGCUACAUGCGAUUGGAUGACAGUGGCACUGGUGCACCUUCAGUUGAAUUUUUAGAUGCUCCAGUUACGGCUGCAGACCACCCAUUUCUAAAAUCAUUUCAAGCGCCGCCCAGUUCUUCUCCAGAAACGCCGAUCAAUGCAGGUACAAGUAGUCAAGUUUCUGCUUUACGGAGACCUGAAGAUGAUGAUAUGGCUUUCUUUGAAAGACGAUAUCUGGAAAGGAUGAAAAUGGAAAAGGCUGCUACGCAGAAAGGAAAAGCUCCACUGCCGUCUACUGCGAAACCUUCGUGAUUCCUGAGGACGAUGGGGGAGGCUUCAGCUGACGUCUGAACGGGUUUUUCGCAUCUCUUUGAAUAUAAACAUAUAACUAAUUUUCUCUUGAAUUCAUUACUUUUUUCCCCUACUGUAUAAAUAUCACUUCGUGUAUGCUUAAUUUAUUUAAAUAAGUGAAAACAUCUUAUUUUUGUCAUAAUGUUAUCAUUUUUUACUUUGUGUAUACUUUUUUUCUAACAAAUGAGAUUGUUUUCCUAUGAAUCAGAUCCUGAAAGUAGAACAAAUAUGUUCAGUCUGUCAUCAUCUAACGGUUUCAGGCUACUUUAAAAAAUUAAAGAUAUUUUUAAAGGUUUUGAAAAUAUGUCAGGGACACUUUGCUAUCCAAAGUAGUAACUGGAAUCAUUAAUUUUUUUAUUGCUCCAACUUUGUAUUGUUGCUUUUUAAUGU